AUGUCGACCGACGCCGCCAUAACGCCCGACGCGCGCGAGCGCCUGCGCAUUCAUCCCGUGGAAGAGCACGGCCGGCUAUGGUCCGAACUCUGGGACGAGGGCUCGUUUCUCCCGUGGGACCGUGACGCGCCUAACCCGGCGCUUGUAGACCUGCUGGCAGAGCGUGGGACCGAACUGGGCCUCGGCGAGACCGCCGGGAAGAAGGCGCUUGUGCCCGGCUGUGGCAAGGGCUACGAUGUUCUCCUGUUCGGAUCCUACGGGCUCGCGGCAGCGGGCGUGGAUAUCUCCGAGAGCGCCGUGAAGAUGGCGCAGGCGUGCAGCGAGCAGGCGUUGAAGGAGAAGCCGAUCUCCGGCGCGGCCGCGUUCGUGACUGCCGACUUCUUCAAGGACGAGUUCGUCAAAGAGCUGCACGCUGAGGAAGGCUUCGAUUUCGUCUACGACUACACCUUUCUCUGCGCCCUCCCCCCGGAUCUGAGGACUUCCUGGGCGAAACGCAUGCACGAGCUGGUGAAGAAGGGGUCGGGCUAUCUCAUCUGUAUUGAGUUUCCACUCUACAAGGGGAUCGAGACGGGUGGGCCACCGUGGGGUCUCACCAAUGCUGUCUACGACGAGCUGUUGGGUCUUGGGUUCGAGAAGCUGAUCCAUUACAUGCCCGAGCGUACACACGAGGUUGGAAAGGGCACGGAUUAUAUCACUGUAUGGCGCCGCAAGGCCGAUUAA